GUGGUUGCAAAACAGCACAUAUGAAUGGCAGUAAAUGGAUGGUCCCAUUGGAAAGUGUUUAAAGCCUAGUUUUAAAGGUGUUCAGAAAGAGGUCAAAGGUAAAUCUACUGAAAUCCACUAAACAAUGAAGAGGCUGAACAGAAAAAAGACCAUCGAUUUAGUGAAAGAACUAGACGCCUUUCCUAAAGUUCCAGAGAGCUAUGUUGUAACAUCAGCUUUUGGAGGCACAGUGUCUCUGAUUGUUUUCAUCCUCAUGGCACUUCUGACGAUAUCAGAGUUUCUUGUGUACCAGGACUCAUGGAUGAAAUAUGAAUAUGAAGUAGACACAGAUUUUACCAGUAAAUUGAAGAUAAAAAUUGACAUCACAGUUGCCAUGAAAUGUGAAACGGUGGGUGCAGAUGUGUUGGAUAUUGCCGGCACUGUCAUUGCAUCAAAGGAACUUAAAUAUGAUCCUGUUAGCUUUGAGCCCUCUCCACAGAACAAAAUGUGGUACCAGAUAUUAGAGCAGAUUCAAAACAGACUGCAGGAAGAGCGUUCACUUCAAGAUGUACUCUUUAAAUCAGCACUGAAUGGAUACUUUUCUGACCCACUUCCACGAAAUGAUUCUGCAUCUGAAUCCAAGGAUGCAUGUAGGAUACAUGGACACAUCCAUGUCAGUAAAGUGGCAGGGAACUUCCAUAUCACACUAGGCAAACCAAUUGAUACUAUCAGAGGUCAUGCCCAUUUUGCUGCAUUAAUCAAAAACGAAGCUGUAUAUAACUUCUCACAUCGAAUAGACUAUUUGUCUUUUGGAAACGAUGUUCCUGGACACAUCAAUCCCCUUGAUGGCAUGGAAAAAAUUACAUUAGAGCAAAACAUGCUGUUUCAGUAUUUUAUCACAGUUGUUCCCACCAAGCUGCACACAUCAGAUGUUUCAGUGGACAUGCACCAGUUUUCUGUUACAGAAAGGGAGCGGGUUGUAAGCCGAGAGAAAGGCAGCCAUAGUGUAUCUGGGAUCUUUAUUAAGUAUAAACUGAGUCCAUUAAUGGUGAGGGUGAGUGAGGAGCAUAUGCCUCUCUCUGUGUUUCUAGUGAGAUUGUGUGGCAUCAUUGGGGGAAUCUUUUCAACUUCAGAUCUGCUUCACAGAUUGAUUGGGUAUUUUGUUGACAUUAUCUGCUGUCGUUUUAAACUUGGUGCAAAUCAGUCCAUGGAGGUUCUCCCUGAUUAGGACAGCCUGGAACAUUUACGUGUACAGUAUUCAUUUGACAGAGACCUUUAUCCAAAGCGACAAAUGAGAAGCAUGAAUCGGACCUGGAUAGCAUAAACCAACAAAGAUUAUUUUAUAUAUGCCUAUUUUAUAUAUGCCUAUUGCCAACUGCAAUUCCAUAUAUUCCAUUUCAUAAUUACAUCAUCAUCCUUUAAAAAAGUGGACAAAGACAAGUUAAAAUCUCCCAUUGUUAAUCAUUUUUGUAAUGAUGGUCAGACAAUUUAAAAAUGCCAACUCUGUUACCAUGAUUUUGUAUAGUAGAGUGAUAACUGAACAAUGGAUAUUUUUUAUAUAAUGUUUUAUAUAAUAUUUUUUCAUAAUGUCAGAAAUAAAUUGUCUUUCAAAGAAGAACCUUGUAGUUUCAUGACUGCCUUGUAAUGUCAAAUUAAACUGUAGAACUGUCCUACUCUGUUAAAUUUAUGAUAUAAAUUUAUGAAUAUUCAGUAGGGUAUAUAAUACAUUAAUGACAUCAAAAUUAGAUGUACACAAAAUUGCUGAAAUGCAAACUUAUUUUAUGCAAUAUGUUUUUAGAAGUUGUUUAUUAUUAUGGCUGCAGCUAGCGAUUAUUUUGAUAAAAAUGAAAAAUGUCAAAAAAAAAAUAAAAAAAAUAAAUCCACAUCCCGCCCAAACAAUGUGCUGUUAACUUUCUACAUGAUAAUACUUAUUUUAGCCCUAAUAUUAUAAAAUAGCAAUUAUAGUUAUAUAUGUACUUUAUAAAUACCAUAAAAUUUAACAAACAGUUGGAACGCUACAUCAACAACAAAACACAGUAAACCUAGAAGAGGGAAGAGCCUUUAAAACCAUAACUUCCGGUCUUUUGAUUUAACUACCGUAUGGUUUGUUAUAUUACAUAGAACAUAUAUAGCCAGAACACUAUUUACAUUUUUGACAGUACGUUUCUU